AUGCUAGCCCUCCCGGUGAACUACGGAGUGAUGAGAUGGGUUAUCGCCUCCAAAUUCGAUUAUGUCAGUGGGAAGAUCGCCGAUCCCGCAGGUCAAUGGACAGGUCAAGAGUUCAAGAGUUACAAUACAGCUGGUGUACAAUAUGCUCUGGUCGGUCCAAAGAGAUUGUUCGCUUCGAGCGUGUUCCAACCUGUCACUUAUGGUUUCGUUGCCGGAGCAGUCGCACCUCUGAUCAUUUGGCUAUUGCACAAGAAGUUCCCCAAAGCCAAAUUCGCUUUAUGGAAUACUACCAUCUUCUUCUCGGGUGCUGCUACCUUCUAUGGUAAUCUCAGUACCGGUCCUUUCACCACAUUCAUCAUUGGGACUGUGUGGAACUUCUACUUGUUCAGAUAUAAGAGAAAGUUCUGGAACAUGUACGCUUAUAUUACCGGAGCUGCUUCCGAUACUGGAUGGAAUUUCAAUUUGUUAUUCAUCUUCUUGUUCCUGGGUACGACAGGUGCCGUCAUGCCUAACUGGUGGGGUAACAACAAGGAUUCGAUUGAGCGAUGCUUCGCUCUUAAGAAGUAA